AUGUUUGACCGAUUCACGAAAGUCCGCGGUGAUAUGACCGAAAGCCUUCUAAAAAAAGACUGCCAAGCAUGUCGUGCCAUCGGAAGUGCGACAACGCGCCCUAUUACAAAUCGAGUCCGCGAGCAAGAUUGGCUGUGCGAUCGGCCGCUGCAGUUUUUCUUUAUCUAUCUGUUGCCCGGGCCAUCUAUCUUCCGCCAUUCGCCUACCUGCAAGGAACGAUGGAUUCAUUUCCAAUGGCCGAUCGAAAAUGAGAUGAAAGAAGCUCCACUUCGCGCGGUCUUCAUCUAC